AUCAAACUCACCCUAAAAGUGUGUAUGAGGUGGAGAUAGAAGUGUACAGUGUAUCGUUCCCAUUCUUGUGGUCCCAGGGCAGAAAGAUGACCUCAUUCUCGGAUCUAACGUCAUAAAGUACAUCAUGCAUGAAAUGAAGAGCAGUGAUGAUUAUUGGAGGGUGACUGCUCAGAGCUGUGACCUGUCAUUGGCUCCUGACACUUCUCAGUUCCUUGAAAUGAUGGCUGGGUUGACAAGAUGACAAGGUGGCGAUACUCCUAACAAGAUCGGGACUGUCUGGAAAGGGCUGUGGCAGAUCACCAACUACAAGCCUAAAGCCCCCCAGGCCAUCAACGACCGACGCCUAGCCAACGACCUGAACGAGUUCUACUGCUGCUUUGAAAGACAAAGGGACAGUCCUGUAUCCAUUCCCCAUGACACCUCCCAACAAAGGGACAGCCCUGAAACCAUCCCCCACGACACCUUCCAACAGCUCCAGCUACAGUGCAUCACCUCCACCUCCCCCACCUCAGCAGGGGCCUGGGCACCCCCACCAAUGCCCACCGUAAAGGUACCCCCUCCACCCCCCACCCACCUCAGUGACGUCUCUUUCCAUCUAUGAGAGAGACGUCAACAAACUCUUCAGGAAACAGAACCCCCGGAAAGCUGCUGGACCGGAUGCUGUCUCCCCAUACAGCUUGAAGCACUGCGCUGAUCAGCUGUCUCCAGUGUUCACAGAUAUUUUCAACACCUCACUGGAGAUAUGUCAUGUGCCAGCCUGCUUCAAGUCCUCAACUAUCAUCCCUGUUCCAAGAAGUCAAGGACCACAGGACUUAAUGACUUCAGACCUGUCUCCCUGACCUCUGUGGUUAUGAAGUCCUUUGAGCGCCUUGUGCUUUCACACCUCAAAGACAUCACCGACCCCCUCCUGGACCCCAUGCAGUUUGCAUAUAGAGCCAACAGGUCUGUAGACGAUGCAGUCAACUUGGCCCUCCACUUCUUCAUCCUCCAGCACCUGGACUCCGCUGGAACCUACGCCAGGAUCCUGUUUGUGGAUUUCAGCUCUGCCUUUAACACCAUCAUCCCGCUCUACUCCAGGAGAAGCUCUCCCAGCUAAGUGUGCCUCACUCCACCUGCAGGUGGAUCACUGACUUCCUGUCUGACAGGAAGCAGCAUGUGAAGCUGAGGAAAUAUGUCUCAGACUCACAGACCAUUAGCACUGGAUCCCCCCAGGGCUGCGUUCUUUCUCCUCUGCUCUUCUCCCUGUACACUAACAGGUGCACCUCCAGUCACCAGUCCGUCAAGCUUCUGAAGUUCGCGGACGACACCUCCCUCAUCGGACUCAUCUCUGAUGGUGACGAGUCCGCCUACAGGUGGGAGGUUGACCACCUGGUGACCUGGUGCAAUCAAAACAACCUUGAGCUCAACGCUCUAUAGACAGUGGAGAUGGUUGUGGACUUCAGGAAGAACUCAGCCUCACCUGCACCUGCCACCACCACCCUCUGUGACUCCACAAUCGACACUAUGGAGUCUUUCCACUUCCUGGGAACUAUCAUCUCCCAAGACCUCAUGUGGGAGCUGAACAUCAGCUCUCUCAUUAAGAAAGCACAACAGAGAAUGUACUUCCUGCGGCAGCUGAAGAAAUUCAACCUGCCAAAGACAAUGAUGGUGCACUUCUACACAGCCAUCAUCGAGUCCAUCCUCACAUCCUCCAUCAAUAUCUGGUACGCUGCUACUACUGCCAAGGACAAGGACAAGGGCAGACUGCAGCGUGUCAUCCGGUCUGCAGAGAAGGUGAUUGGCUGCAAUCUGCCACCGCUCCAGGACCUGUAUGCCUCCAGGACCCUGAAGCGUGCUGGAAAGAUUGUGGCUGAUCUCUCCCACCCCAGCCACAAUCUCUUUGAGACACUCCCCUCUGGCAGAAGGCUGAGGUCCAUCAGAACAAAAACCUCACGCCACAAAAACAGUUUCUUCCCAUCCACCACUUGCCUCAUCAACAAGGCCUGGUACCCACCCUGACACUCUCCACACUCCACCUCUGGCUCCAUAUGCCACUGUACUUACUCUGCUAUACUGCUCUCUUUUAUUUUUAUUCUUACUUUUAAGAUAUACUUUGUGGACAUAUUUAUAUUUAUAUUGCUUAUAUUUUAAUACUUGUUUCUUAUAUUUAGAGAAUGUGUGACACGCACCUACAGCACCAAUAGUGUUGUAAUAGGCAAUAAAGCUUUUUCUGAUUCUUGAUUCUGAUUCUUAUUCUGUGAAAUUGACACAAGCUGUAACACUCUUGGCCAGACAUGAGCAUCUUGUAUGGGCCAGGCUGCUGAAAAACACCCCUAUGUCCCCCGGAAGCACAGUGAUUGUCGAACCUACAUCUUAAAAAUCCAUGCCGCGAAAAGUUCUGGUUGGUUGGGUAGUUACAACCAUGUGGGGUGACAGAUAUGUCUCCAUGAAGUUAGUGAAUCUUUCUGAUCGUCCUGUGACCUUGAAGAGGAAUUGCAAGUUGGCUGAUGUAUCGCCCUGUGUGACUGCCGAAGAUUUUAUGGUUUUCCAGAACUCCAGGCAGAUUGAGGCUAGUGAUCACGUGAUGUGUUUUCCUGAAGCAAGCGGUGAGGAUUCUGAAAAGAAACUGGCAGGAGUUGAUCUGAAAGAUAUAGACCUCAAGCAGUGUCUAAUCAGUCAAGUUGAUCAAAAAGCACCUUUUUAAGAAUAGAAAGUUGUUAGGAGUCAGUUCUCAUUAGAAGUCACUGUGUAUUGCAAAUGAAAGCAUUACAAGUCAUAGUGCAUCUUUACAACAUUUUUGAAUGCAUUUUAAGACACAAACAAUCAUUCCCCGUCUGUCGCUCACUUCGACGUUGUGUCAAACAAGCAACACUAGGGAUCUCUCUUGAGCGCCGAAUAUACCUCUGAUCUAUGAAAAAAGGCCAAUGAGAAGUUGGGAGACAGAAUUUGCACGUCCCACCCCCGGAAAUAGGGGUAUAAAGGCGGGGAAAUGCGUCUGUUCCAUUCAGAAAUUUUCUUCUGAGCCGAUGGUCGUGUAUGCAGCGAGCUUCGAGUCACACACCUGUUCCUCUACCUCUAUGCGAUCUGCUGUUGGAUCUACAGCGCACUUUAGCGGCUUUCUCCUUCUCUGCACUGCAGUGAAGUUUGCCCCUGGGAGCUUCGACAGCGCUAACUUAAACGGUGUUGUGAUUUUCUCUAAAAGAGCAAUACACAGCGGCGUUGAACGUCCUUUUCAGGACGCAUCUUUAUAAAGAUGCCUUUCCGCCCCUGUGUAGUUCCUGGAUGUGGUAGAGUGCUCUCCGCUUCAGACGGCCACAGGCGCUGUCUCGUGUGUCUGGGCUGCGAUCACACUGAGGCAGCAUUUGUGGACAAUUCAUGUUCUCACUGCGAGAGCAUGACCAUGGCAACGUUGCGGUCGCGGCUUUCCUUCAACUGAAGGAACGCCACUCCUGCCGCCCCCCGCAUCUCUCCUUCCCACGGGAUUAAGGAAGACUCUGCUGGUGAUGGAGGUGAUCUGGGGAUGGCAGCAGGGUCGGUUUCGCCGGGUACGUCCCCGCGAGCCCCCCGCCCCCCCGGCACGCGCGUUGAUUUCCUUCCGGGCUCGAGGCAACAGUGGCUCGCCUCACAGCCAGCCUGCCUAUCCUCUGGAGCCUGUGCACCAUUCAAAACAUAAAAAUUCCACUGACCACAAAACCUUUGUUUUUGUGAAUGGGACACAUUUUAUGUAAGUGUUUAAAAUGAAUAGACUUUGAAAAAAAUGUUUUAUUAUGUUUAAAAAAAUCAAUAACUACAAAAAAUAAUUUGUUUAGACGGUUGAAACACUGUUAACACAUUAGAACUGGGCUGGUGCAGAUUGCAUAUUAUUCUAUAUAUUAGGAAUAAGUGAUUUUAGGCACAUUGGAUAAAUCAGGAUCUUAAGUCAAAUGUAUACAUUUUUUGUGACAUUAUAAGUUUGACAUUCGAUGCAGACUUUUCUCCCACAUGUAAGUAGCUUUCCUAUUGCGUGUGAGUGUUUAUUCCACAUGUUUAGGUUGCUAUCAAAUAAAUUCAUUUAAGUAUUUAAAAAAACAUAGGAACUUUUUUACAUAAAGUGUGUUUGCCAGUAAUGAAGGGUGCACAAAGGAUGUUUUUCUUUUCUAUUGUUUUAUAGAACAUGGAUCAGUGCUGCCUCUGCCCCAAGAAGCUGUCCAAUUUGAGGCAGCACUUAAAUAUUUUUCAUUCGGUUAAGAACAGCGAGGAGAGGAAGAUUUUAUUGAUGUGGGCAAAGGGCAGGGUUUUCGUUAGAGAUCAUCCCUGCCCCUUUUGUCAGAAAAAAUUAAAAUAUGUGGAAUACCACAUGAACAACUCCCACAAAGAGCUAACGACUUUGGACAAAUCAAUUACUCAAAGACCUUGACACCUUUGAGCAAUUGCGGCAGCUGAGGGCCUACAACCCAGCUAUUCCAAUGGUCACAACAUUGGAACUGACCGAUGCGCCUGGGGUUCCAGACCAGGGUUCAGAAGAGGAGGAGGACCCCCAGCAGAUGGAGGUCCUCCCAGACCCUCUUGAGAAGGUCUACAAGGCUGCAGCUGGAGGGCCCAAAGAGGAGCUGUUUCAGCUUAUUGAAAAGGAGCCCUUGCCCCUUGACAAGGCUGUCACUGAAUUUUUAGAGGAUGAAUCCUUCAUAUAGGAGUUCAUCAAGGAGCUGGAAUCUAUCCCAGAAUUGGACAUGGGCAGGACCUCUACUCUGGAUAUUGACAUUUUGGAAGAACUGGGCUUUCACUUUUAAUGCUUUUUAAUCAUCUAAUCUGGAGGAGAGCUAUGCCCAGAAGACGCAGUUCUGUUUCUACGGGCACCUCACUGCGGACCUAUCCAGCAUCUAUGGCCACCGCUGUGGCGUAUUUCAAAAUAUGCUCAUCGAAGAGGUGGAAGGGGCCAAAAAGUCCCAGCAGCAGAAUGCCUACCUGAUAAAUGUCACCAUGCAUAAAACCAAUCAGGCGUUCGGCCCUGCUCAGGUGUCCCUGGAGCCCGAGGAGUAUGAGUGGUGCCAGCAUUUCCUCAGCAUUAGGAAUGUGCUGGUCAGUGGGCCGGAUGCCAGGUUCUUUUUCUUCAACCCCACGCCCAAUCCCUGCAAAAAUUUGAACAAUUACUUCCAGGCGGCGUGGGCGAGAUGAACUUGCCAGGGUGCCCGACCUUCACCGACAUCCGGAGCUCCAUCGCCACUCAUGCGAGGAACGCGCACACUGCUGAAGACAUGCUGAAUAUAUCUAGGUUCAUGUGCCACGACACCAAAAUCGCCGAUAAGUUUUAUGCAAUAAAUUUGAACCCCAGGCAGGCCUUGGAGCACCGGCGUCUGUUCAAGGCGGCACUGGAGGGGCCCGAGCUGUCCCCAGUGAAGGAGGAGCCGAAGCUCAAGCAUGCCAGGAGGAAGGCAGCCAAGCCCAGGAAGCGUGCUCGAGAAGAGGAAUCGCAAGCUGACUCAUCCCGCUCCCAGUCUUCUGAAGACAGCGCAAGUUCAGAGGGAGAGGACGUCGAGGCUGAGUCCCAUCCGAGAGGCCACUGCAUCUGCAUCUGGAGGUCCCCUCUCCAUCCUCUGCACUCCUGUGGCCUUGCCCAGCAACCCAUGCUAAGAGGCCGACUCCCAGUCACACACAUGUCCUCAGCCAUCGCCCCCGUUAAACCCUCCAGCACCACGGGCCCCAAGGAGGUAGAGCUGAUCCUGGUGAAGGAACAGAAUGGGGUGCAGUUCACCACAUCCACUCUGGUCAGCCCGACUGGUCAAACCCACCCCUCGGGAAGGGAGAGAGAGACCUGGGGCAAAAAGAUUGACUUCCUGCUGUCAGUGAUUGGCUUUGCUGUGGACCUAGCCAAUGUGUGGAGGUUCCCUUACCUGUGUUACAAAAAUGGAGGAGGUGCUUUCCUGGUUCCAUACCUCUUCUUUAUGGUGAUUGCUGGGAUGCCACUCUUCUAUAUGGAAUUAGCCUUGGGCCAGUAUAACCGUGAAGGAGCAGCAGGAGUCUGGAAGAUCUGUCCUAUCUUUAAAGGUGUGGGCUUUACGGUGAUCCUGAUAUCGCUGUAUGUGGGAUUCUAUUAUAAUGUCAUCAUCGCCUGGGCUCUGUUUUACCUGUUCUCCUCUUUCUAUGGCGAACUGCCCUGGAUCAACUGUAACAACACCUGGAACAGUCCAAACUGCUCAGACCUCAACGGCACGCUGUUGAAUGAAACGCACAAGGCCACGCCCGCCCUAGAGUACUUUGAGCGAGGGGUCCUUCACCUUCAGGACAGUUCUGGGAUAGAUGAUUUGGGACUGCCCUGCUGGCAGCUCACCUCCUGCCUGGCUGUGGUCCUUGUGAUCCUCUACUUCAGUCUGUGGAAGGGAGUAAAGACAUCAGGGAAGGUGGUGUGGAUCACAGCCACCAUGCCAUAUAUUGUACUGACUGUUCUGCUCCUGCGUGGUGUCACUCUGCCUGGAGCAAUCGAUGGCAUUAAAGCUUACCUGAGUGUGGACUUCCUCCGCUUGUGUGAUGCUCAGGUCUGGAUCGAGGCUGCCACACAGAUCUGUUUUUCUUUGGGAGUGGGGUUUGGUGUGCUAAUCGCCUUCUCCAGCUACAACAAAUUCAGCAACAACUGUUAUAGAGACGCCAUCAUAACCAGCUCCAUAAACUCUCUGACCAGCUUCUUUUCUGGAUUUGUCAUAUUUUCCUUCUUGGGUUAUAUGUCACAGAAGCACAACGUGGCCCUUGAUAAAGUAGCCACUGACGGUCCUGGCCUGGUGUUCAUUAUUUACCCAGAAGCAAUAGCUACACUACCAGGCUCUUCAGUGUGGGCUGUUAUCUUCUUCUUCAUGUUGCUUACUUUAGGAAUCGACAGUGCUAUGGGAGGAAUGGAAUCUGUGAUCACAGGACUCAUAGAUGAGUUUAAGUUCCUGCACAAACAUCGAGAGCUCUUCACACUCUUCAUAGUAGUUUCAACGUUCCUCAUCUCUCUCAUCUGUGUCACAAACGGUGGCAUCUAUGUGUUUACCUUGUUGGACCACUUUGCGGCAGGGACAUCGAUUCUCUUCGGGGUGUUGAUUGAGUCCAUCGGAAUCGCCUGGUUCUACGGUGUGGAUCGCUUUAGUGAUGAUAUCCAGGAGAUGAUCGGACAGAGACCUGGUCUUUACUGGAGACUGUGCUGGAAGUUUGUUAGUCCAUGUUUCCUGUUGUUCAUGGUUGUUAUCAGUUUCGCAACUUUCAACCCUCCAAAGUAUGGUGACUAUUAUUUCCCCACAUGGGCUAAUGUGGUUGGUUGGUGUUUGUCCAUAUCGUCUAUGAUCAUGGUGCCUCUCUAUGUGAUCUAUAAGUUCUGCUCUCUGCCCGGAAGCUUUUGUGACAAACUGGCAUAUGCUAUAACCCCAGAGACUGAGCAUCACUUGGUGGAGCGUGGGGAAGUUCGACAGUUUACACUUCAUCACUGGCUGGUGGUUUGAGCAGCUCUCUAUACUGAGAUGAAGAAGGCACAGAGAGACUCCGCUCUAUCAGGGCAAUGCGUGUCAGUGCCAAAAGAACCAUAUUACUAUUUUUUUCUUUCUUGCAUAAUUGUGCAUGUAUUGUGACUUUGAUCACAAUGUGGUUGACAUUAUGUCAGUAUCAAUUUUACUCUCAGUAUUCAAUAACUGUUAUGAUGGCUGAUGUUGUCACCACAGACAGUUUAUUUAUUGUUUACAUAUUUAUUUUUGUGAUAAGAGUACAACUGAGCCUUAUUGAUAAGUGUGAUUAAAGUAUCAAAAACUGUACAAAGUAUAUCUUUAAAAAAAUUUAAAGUUUAGAAAUGUGUUAAUAUUGAUAUUGCAAAAAAAAAAAAAUAUCCUCUUUGUGUCUUAGAAGAAGUGCAAAUACAAUUUCAAUUGAACAGCAGAGUUCAGUUAUCACAACAAAUAUGUUUCAGUUAAUGCUUGCUUAUCCUGUAUAUGCACCCUGAAAGCCCCACAAAAGAGUUCUGCUCACUUUUGGCUUGUUGCCACAAAUGUGAUAAGAUUCAAUUGUUGGUUACUUUAAAAGUCUUUCAGGGCUAACAACAAGUGCUUUUUAUUUGCUGAAAUACAGAGAAAUCAGUUUCUGGGCAACAAAUGUUACAUAAUUAGUUUUGUGGGGUAUUUGCAUAUAUAUUUCCAUUUAAUUCAUGCAGUGAUAAUGUUCCAAAUUAACAAAAUAAAUGUAUGAAACAAUUAAUUUAUGGGAUUUCUGUCACACUGAAUGCUGUCAUGACUAUAUUACUGGACAACUGGAGUUUUAUUUUCAUCUAAAUGUAUUAAGUAUAUUUAAAAUGCAUAGUAACAAGAAGUCUUUAAAUUCUUUGAGUGCCUGCUGAAAUUUGUC